AUGGUGAAUGAAAAUGGAUCAGAAAAGGCCAGACCUUUGGAAAACAAUAUUGAUCAACAUCUGCCCUCGGAAUCCUCCAACACAGUGAUAGUAAAAUCCAGGAAAAAUCUUAUUGAACACCAUAUUCCCAUUUUUUCUCAUGAAAGAAUGAAAUUAAGAACAGAUAAUGAAGCAAUAAGAGGUAUUUUCCUCCGAUAUAAUCUGAAAUGUGAGAUUGUGGUGCCCAAAAACUACCAGGAGGUUCUUGCCAUGGUAUUUGCUGUAGAGGAGAUAAACAAAAAUCACCAUAUUUUGCCUAACAUCACGUUGGGCUUCCGAAUCUAUGAUAGCAUGCACAGGGUUGUAGUUACUUAUAAGCUCUCACUGGACCUACUUUCUCCACGGCAUAUUUCAGCUCCAAAUUAUAAAUGUGAUUGCCAGAACAAUUUGAUGGCCAUUCUUGGAACAAAGUCCCCUGAGCUCACCUUCACUUUGGCCACUAUUAUAAACAUGUACAAGAUUCCUCAGUUCACCUAUGCCUGUCUUGACUCAAGGGUGACUGAAAGAAGGCAGUACCAUUCCCUGUACCAGAUGGUCCCUAAUGAUGUCCAUGAGUACAAUGGGUUGCUUAAGUUACUUUUGCAUUUCAAAUGGACAUGGAUUGGUCUCUUUACAAUGAAAUACAUUACUGGAGAAAUUUUUUUGGAAGCAUUAGUUCCACAGCUUACCCUGAAUUACAUCUGUGUUGAUUUUAUACGUAGAAUAUGGCCAUUGGCUUAUGCUGAAGGAAUGACGGAUUUGCUCCUUAGUGAAUUUAAUAAAAUUUCUAUUGUCAUGACAAGCAAAGCCAAUGUUUUUGUGGUCUAUGGUAGUUCCAUAGUGAUGGACAUUUUGAUUGGGUAUCUUCAUAUGGCACAACUUCCUAUAGGUAAAGUAUGGCUUGUGACAAGUCAUUGGGAUUUCAAAACCACCAAUGAAAGGAGGUGGAAUAUGCACCAUUUACAGGGUGCCUUAUCUAUAUCUCUACAUUCAAAUGAACCCCUGGGAUUCAGGACAUUUCUUCAGAGUCUGAAUCCUUUUGAGAAAAAACAAAAUGAUUUGAUCAAGGAUUUCUGGGAAAAGACCUUCAAGUGCUCAUUGAAAAAUAAUAAUGUGGGUGAAGAGCCUAAGAAACGUUGCACUGAGGAAGAGAAAUUGGAGAGUCUUCCAUUACAAAUCUUUGAAAUGAGCAUGACUGGCAGCAGCUAUGCUGUGUACAAUGUUCCUCACACAGUGGCACAUGCUCUACAUGCUAUUUAUCAAUCUAGAUUCAAACAAAAAUCACAGGUGGCUAGAGUGGAUUUGCAGAAUCUGCACCCAUGGGAGCUCCAUCCCUUUCUAAGAAAUCUCACAUUCAACAACAGUGCUGGAGAGACAAUACAGCUUAACGAACAUGGAGAGAUAAUGGCAGGAUUUGAUGUGACCAACUGGGUAAUGUUUCCAAAUCAAUCUUUUGGUAGAGUCAAAAUUGGAAGGCUGGAUCUUCAAGCUCCUCCAGGCAAGGAAUUAACCAUUCAGGAUGAACGCAUUGUGUGGCAUAGAACAUUUAACCAGAUUCUUCCCACUUCUCUGUGUAAUGACAAGUGCCGUCCUGGAUACAGUAGGAAAAAGAAGGAAGGGGAGCCUUUUUGCUGUUAUGAAUGUGUUCCUUGUCCAGAAGGGAAGAUUUCUAACCAGACAGAUAUGGAUGCCUGCACCGAAUGUCCAGAAGAUCAAUACUCAAACUUCCACCAGAACCAAUGCAUUCCCAAAGUCAUAACCUACCUUUCAUACGAGGAACCUUUAGGAAUGACUUUAGCUUUGUCUGCUCUUGCUCUUGCUCUGAUCACAGCUUUGGUGAUAAUAAUAUUUGUGAAGCACCAGAACACACCCAUCGUCAAAGCCAACAACCGAAGUGUCACCUACAUUCUUCUCGUAUCGCUCCUACUGUGUUUCCUCUGCUGCUUGCUUUUUAUUGGAAAACCUGGGCAGCUAAUUUGCUUACUCCGACAAACAACUUUUGGCAUCAUAUUUUCUCUUGCUCUUUCCAGCUUGUUAGCUAAAACCAUCACUGUAGUCCUGGCAUUUAUGGCUACUAGACCAGGAUCUAGAAUGAGAAAAUGGAUGGGGAAAAAGCUGACAAACUCUAUCAUGUUUUCAGGCUCCUUUAUUCAAGCAGGAAUUUGUACCCUUUGGUUGAGUAUUUCUCCCCCAUACGCAGAUACAGACAUGUACUCCGUCAAUGGGGAAAUUAUAGCAGAGUGUAAUGAAGGCUCAACUGUCAUGUUUUAUAGUGUCUUGGGCUAUAUGUUCUUCCUGGCCAUUGUCAGCUUCACGGUGGCAUACCUUGCUAGGAGGUUGCCAGACACUUUCAAUGAAGCCAAAUUUAUCACUUUCAGCAUGAUGGUGUUCUGCAGUGUUUGGUUGUCCUUUGUUCCUGCCUACCUGAGCACCAAAGGAAAAUACAUGGUGGCUGUGGAGAUCUUCUCUAUCUUAUCCUCCAGUGCUGGGUUACUGCUUUGCAUCUUUCCCCCUAAAUGCUAUAUUCUUUUGUUCAGGGCUGACUUGAAUAACAGGGAGCAACUAAAAUCAGGAAAAGACUAAGUUAUAUGAGAAUUAAGAACACAUAGCACUUCCCCCCCCCUUUCAAGUAUGCAUCUGAAUGGUAGAAUGAAUAGUAUAAUGACCGACACAUACAGUACUUCACAGAGGUUAAAUAUACCAAGAAACAUCCUUUCUAAAGCUUUCUAAAGCUUUCUUGACCUGGAAAUUAAUCUCAACGAUCUUAAUGGACCUUUCCUUUGACAUUUUAGUGAAAUUAUUUGCAAGUCAAGAUCCACAAGGUGAAGUUGCAUAUUUAUUCUCUUCAUAUUCAUCAGCCAAACAGAAUUAUUGACUGAAAUUUCCAUGAAUAAAUAUAAAAUAGGGACUGAAGGUAAUAAUAUAUUGUUAUUUUCUCUCUGUUGGAAAAAUGUUAGUGAAAAUGGUGGUUCAUGGACCAGUGCCUGUAUGUAAGCAAUUGGCUGCUGGUCUGUGGUGAUUUCCCAGAAAUUACAGGAGUAGGAAGGGAAGGGAAAGGGCAGCCAGGAUACGGAGGAGGAGGAAGCGAAGAGGAGGAGGAAGAAAACUACCUGCCUAUCUGCAGGGCCAUAGCUACGGGGUGGCAAGGUGGGCCCCCACCAUGGGGCACAGGCGAUGGGGGCACAAAAUUUGCUUAAAAAUAUGUCCUUAAAUAUAAAUAUUGAUUAUUGCCUCAUAAGAAAUGG